AUGAAGGAGUGGAAUAAACGGGUGUUUGGUAAUGUGCAUAUUCGGCUAAAGCAAGAUCAGUUGAGAAUGGAGAAUGCUUUACGUGAAACUGAUGAGGACCCUAGUAAUGUUGAUAAGCUGAAUAAUAUGAAGAGUAUAGCCGUGGAACUUAACAAUACUAGAUUGCAGCUGGCUACUAUGCUCAAACAAAAGUCUCGUAAUAAGUGGCUUGUUGAGGAGGCUAGUAACACAAGCUUCUUUCACAAUAGUAUUCGCAUUAGGAGAAGUAGUAAUACUAUCUCUGAACUGGUGAAUGAAAAUGGGGAGACGAUUACGAAUGUGGAUCAAAUGGUGCAGCAUGUUGUUAGUUUUAAUGAAGCUAAAUUCAAUGGGGAUUCUUCGGUGCUGGAUGAUUCCUUAUUUGAUAUUGAUCAUGCGACUAUUUCUUUUGAGGAAAGUAUUGGCAUGGACCUCAUUCCCAUGUAUGAUGAAAUUCGUGAAGUUGUUUUUUCUUUGGGUGCUGAUAGUUCUCCAGGCCCGGAUGGUUUUGCCAGAUUUUUCUAUAGACACUGUUGGGAUAUUAUUAGCUCUGAUUUGGUGAAGGAUAUCAUUUUUUGUUGGGAACAUAAGUAUAUUCCCCAUGGAGUUAAUUAUAGCCUUCUUAUGCUGCUGCCAAAGGAACAAGUUGCUUUUAUGAAGGGAAGAAACAUUCACGAAAAUAUUAGUUUGGCGUCUGAGAUGGUUAAUGAGCUACAAAUCAAGCGGAAAGAUGGUAAUGUGGGGCUAAAACUUGAUAUUACUCAGGCUUUUGAUACUGUUAGCUGGAAGUUUAUCAUGGAGGCCUUUAGAAGAUAUGGGUUAUCUGAAG